GCAAUUUUGCCUUUGUUUGCUGUUGCCAAGAAGAAGAAGUGAAGCGAGCGAGCAAGAAGGCACCAAGAAGGCAAGCAACCAACCACACCAAGAAGCAAGCAGGCAGGCAGGCAGGCGAUGCUGGAAGAGGCCGGCACGGAGGCGAGCAGCAGCUCCUUGUUUGACCUCCUCGCAACCCAAUCCGCUCGGUUUCGGGAGCUGUACUUGCAAGCAGAGCGAGAUGCGGAGGAGGCCCGAGAGCGGGAAUGGCAUGCAGCCGUCAGAAUUCAAAGUUGCUGGAGAGGAUACACAGAGAGGAAAGCGCUGCAGCGGCUACACGAUGCUGCAGGAACCAUACAGAGGGCGUUCCGCGGACUCAUGGGCCGCAAACGCUUUAGAGUCACAGUGAAGCAGCAACUGAAAGAUCUCAGAACAAACCACUACAACACCAUGGCCGCGAGAAUACAGGCUGUAUGGAAAGGGUAUUGCGAACGGAAACACGGUCUGGACUACUACGCGCGAAAAGCGUACCUCGAAGCCCUCCGCAAACACAAUGCCGACAUCAAACAUGAGCUAGACGAGUUUGAGCGGGAACAGGCCGCCCGCCGUCAAGCCGCACAGGAAAAGGCAGAGAAGAAGCGACGGUUGAGGGAGUUAGAACGGCAGCACGUGCUGUUGUCUACGCGAGCGCAACGCGGGGUGCUGGCUGUGCAAGAAAAGGGGCAGGACAUGGAGGUGACUGUCAGAACCGUCAACAAACUCCAGACACUGCGGAAACCGCGGCCGCCGCCCGGCCCGUCCCCGCGCAAGACCGCAUCGACAGCAGCACCUGUUGACGCGUCUCUCCUCUACAGCAAACCACAGGGCCCGUUCAAGCCGCCAGAGCACGUCGUACGUAUGAAGACGCGCGCGCCCCGCGUGACCCUCAAGCGCGCUGAGCCGUACCUCUCCCCUGUCGACCCGUCAAAGGUGUUUGAACGCGCGUCUGACGGAGUUGCAGCAGAGGAGGCGCACCAGCCGCGCUUUGCCGGGUUCAGCAAGACACACAAGCGCGAGGAAGGGCAUGUGCAGUCGGUGUUUGCAUCGACACCAUACAUUGGAGAGGGGCCUGGCGACUUGCGGCAAACGUAUGGCCGGCAGACGUUUCGAUCGGCGGAGCAGGAGCUAAAUGCGUCAAGCAGCACCAGCAACAGACUCGCCUUCUCCACAAACGUUGGAAGAAUCAGCCUAUUCGACGAGACAGAACCAUGACAUGCGAUAUUGGCAACCCUUUGUUGUGCUACAACACCGUUUGUUUUGUGUGUUGCGUGGCUGGUUGGCCUGCCCUUGAUUCGUCAAUUCCACACACCGCAAAUCCCCCUUUGGUUUGAUCUUGUCGCGCGCUUCUCUCCUGCCUGG